GUUUCUUCUCCGCACUUAGGCCGCAUGGAAGCUCCGACGACGACGCGGCGCGUGGCGGCGGCUGCCUCAGCCCGUGCGAUCUCCUUCCCGAGCGCUCGGAUGCUGGAGGCGCAGCGCAACUUCCAGAGCGUGGUGAAGCAGGAGCUUCAGACACUGCUUGAGGGCGGCACUAAGCGCGAAGAGGCAGUGAAGCUGCUGCUGCGACGCAUCGUGGCCAGCACAGAACCUCCCGAGGCUACAGCCGUACGUGGCGUUAUGCGUCAGUUCCAGAUGAACUACGACGACGCAGUGCGCGCCCUAAUUGUCAAGCAGGAGCUCGGGAGGCUCAAGCGACAGGGACUCGACUCAUUCGCGGCUAUUGAGGAACUAACCCGGAAAAUGAGUAGUCGGGACGAAGUAGAGCAGGAGGAAGAGCAGGAGGAAGAACAGGAAGUAGAACACAAGGAUAGUUCAGUUGAAGAGAAGAACGAGCAGGUUUCUGCUCGAGAACAGGAGAAAGAGGCCCUCCCUGCGGCUGAGAUGGCGUCUCCGGAAAAAGACGGAAACGAGACGUCUUUGUCCCUUAUUCAACGUAUUGGUCAAGUGUCCAUCUCCUCUGGCAACACAACCGAGAGGGAGAGCGAAGAACGUGAAGAUGAGAAGGAAACAAAUGAAGAUACAGACGGAGAGAAUGAGUCUGUGGGGGAGCGCAACAAGACGCUAUUCAAGUCUCCGGUGCGAGUGCGAAGCCCCAACAGCAACACCCUGGCAGACCUCACACCGCAGUCACGCAAACGACGUGCUGCCUUUGGCGUCCAGUACGAUCCCACCAGCAACAGCAGUAGCAGACGUAGUGUGAAGCCAUUGUUCCCGAGUAUAAAAAAGCAGAAACUCAACAGGAUCGUCCGGGUCGUCGCCUAA